UGGUAUUCAGUUUGUCGAACACGGUGGUAGCAAAUAGUUCCUCUUUUUCGUGAAGUUCCCUUCCACAGUUCAGUGUCCACAAGAAGGAACUACCUCAGACGAAAGUACCAAUUUGCUGCACUUUGUCGCAACGAAAACCACGAUAGGCGUGAAAAUGCAGUUCGUUGUGGUGCUAUGCUGCCUGAUGGGCACCGCUUUUGCUGGCGAGUUGGUUAAGCGUGAAGCACCACUCCCAUCAAGUUACUUGCCGCCUUCCUCAGGCCACAAUGGAGGACACUCAGGAGGAGGAUAUCCCGGUGGACAUGGUGGACAUUCCGGUGGACAUGGUGGACAUUCUGGUGGACAUGGUGGGCAUUCUGGUGGGUUCGGAGGUGGAUUCGGAGGUGGUUUCGGAGGUGGUGCUCCAUCUGGUUCAUACGGACCCCCAGCUCCCCCAUCCAGCUCAUACGGGCCUCCAUCCAACUCCUAUGGUCCCCCACCAUCUCGUCCUUCCCCAAGCUAUGGACCCCCUCCCUCAAGGCCUUCCCCAAGCUACGGACCCCCACCAUCCAGGCCAUCCUCUAGCUAUGGUCCCCCACCAUCUCGCCCAUCCCCAAGCUACGGACCUCCUCCCUCUUCAAGCUACGGACCCCCACCAUCUCGCCCAUCCCCAAGCUACGGACCUCCACCAUCCAAGCCAUCUUCUAGCUAUGGACCCCCACCAUCCAGGCCCUCAUCCAGCUAUGGACCUCCACCAUCUAGGCCAUCCAGCAGCUACGGACCCCCUGCCACUUCUUACGGUGUCCCAGCUGCUCCCUCUUCCUCUUACGGUGCUCCUAGCUUCGGUGGUUCUUCCCAUGGAUCUUCUGGAGGUUUCGGCGGAUCAUCUCAUGGUGGUAGCUUCGGUGGCAGCUUCGGCGGCUCAUCCCAUGGCAGUUUCGGUGGUGCACCCUCUUCCUCAUACGGAGCCCCAGCUCCUCCUUCUUCAUCCUACGGACCACCAUCCUCUAGCUAUGGCGCUCCUGCUCCCCCAUCUUCGACUUACGGAGCUCCCAGCUUUGGUGGAUCACACGGAGGAUCCCACGGUGGAUCUCACGGUGGUAGCUCCCACGGAAGCUCUCACUCCUUCGGUGGAAGCAGCAGCUUCAGUGCUCCAUCCUCAUCCUACGGAGCUCCAGCCGCGCCAUCUCCUAGCUACGGCGCCCCAUCCCCGCCAUCAUCCAGCUACGGACCCCCAUCCCCGCCAUCCUCUAGCUACGGACCUCCCUCUGGAGGAUACAGCGGCGGUGGUGGUGGAUUCUCAUCCCAUGGUUCCAGCGGUGGUUUCGGAGGUGGUUUCGGCGGUGGAUUCUCCUCAGGAGGAGGACAUAGUUCUGUUCCCGAAACCAUUCCCCAGAGCUACGCGUCCAACGGUGGCUACAGCUACUAAAGCAUCUCGUGAGUUUGUCCUGGUCCUCAUCCUCAUGCUGACUCUUGAGGGCCGGGUACGUCCAAAGCCGACCAAAACCAUUGCAAUUUGAAAUGUGCCUGAAAAAAAACCUUCAUUCCCAUAUCUUUUUGUUUCUAGUGUAAAUUAUUUAAUUUUUCUUGUUUUCUCGUGUGUUAUUAUUAAUUGUAUAGCCAAGUAAGUGCCUAUCCAUCCAAACAAACUCACUAUCUCAUUGCUCUUCCCGCGAUGCACAAGAUAUUUCACAUUGCAACGAAUAAGACCAUCGGCUGAGACACAGAUCCAUAAUUCCGUCAACUCGAAAUACUCAACCUCAUGUGUUUUUUUUGUACUUGGAAGGUCUUUUGUAAUAAAUUCUCAAGAUGUUUCUCCAGAAAUAAAAGAAAUAAA